AUGUCUUCACCAAAGUCACGACAGUCGAAGUCGCCGACGGGGCCUCAGUCUCCAGCAGGACCUGAAUCGCGUACUGCAUUGGAGCAGACUGCUGAGAAUGCGGUAGCGAUUGAAGUCGAUAAUGACUCCGAUUCUUCUUACUCCAAGUCAACAGGCAUCACAGACACGGAGUCACUUCGCUCUUCCAUCUUGAGCUACAAGUGGGAGAAUGGACGAAGAUACCAUGCUUACCAGGACGGAUCCUACUGGGCCCCGAAUGAUGAUCGCCAACAGGAAGCAGAAGACCUCAUGCACGAGGUUUAUAAGAUCGUCAUGAACGAUCAGCUGUACGAAGCGCCAAUUGGCGAGAACCCACAGAGAGUCUUGGACUUGGGAUGCGGUACCGGUAUUUGGGCGAUCGAAUUUGCCGACUUACACCAAUCUGCAGACGUGAUUGGAGUUGACCUCUCGCCCAUUCAACCCAAAUUUGUGCCUCCAAACUGCAGAUUCGAAGUCGACGAUAUCACUCAAGAUUGGACAUACCCGAUCAAUCAUUUUGACUUCAUCCACGUCCGUGGCCUGAUUGGCUGCCUUCCCGACUGGACAGAAUUGUUUGAAAGAGCAUUCAAGCACAUGCAACCUGGCGGAUGGGUAGAGAGUGUUGAGCUCUGGGGUGCUGCCAAAGCGGAAGAUGAUACACUGAAGCCUGAUUCGCCAUUCUACACAUGGAUUGAGAUCUUUAAAAAGAUCGGCGCCUUGACUGGGAAGUCAUUUUUCUGGGAUGACAAGAUGUCGCAAUCCAUUACCGACGCUGGUUUCAUCAAUGUCUCAGGUCACCGAAUUAAGGUCCCCAUUGGAACUUGGCCCAAGGAUAAGACGCUCAAGCAAUGGGGAGCUUGGAACCGCCAUUUCCUACUUCAAGGCCUUGAGGGAUUUUCCAUCCGCGGUCUGACCGAAAUGCUAGGUUGGAAAUAUGAGGAUGCGCAGGUGUUUUUGGCCGAGAUGCGCAAGGAACUGACGGAUCCAGCGCUGCACGCAUACCUCGAAGUGACCGUUUUCUACGGCCAGAAGCCAGAGGUUUGA